CUCUGAUUGGAGGAGCUCACGUCAAUCGUGAUUUGUAGCAAGUUUGGUUGGAGAGUCGCGGUUGUUGAUGUAGCUGUCAGAAGUCAGGCGGCACGGAGGACAGCUAGCAGCUGACAAUGCAGUUCCUUGGCCGGCUGUUGGACACAGUCUCCUCUGUGUCAACCCUCUUCACCAACCCCUACCGGGUCCGGGAUGUGCCGCUCUCCGACUAUGGUGGAGGAGGCAAAGUCUUGCUGAGAGAGGAGGGACGCAUGGUCCUGUACAGAAACACCCAGUGCCAGUCAUGGGACUGUCUGCUUAUGUGCCCUGAGAUGCCGACUAUGGUUCUAAGGCUGUUUCAGGUGGCGUCAGAGGAGGAUGCCAUGAACUGGUUUCCACAGUUUGCCCUCAAGCUUCGCCCCUUCUAUGAGACACUUCCUCUGAAGGCUGAGACCACCCAGCCAAUUGUGGACUGCAUCCGCAACCACCCGGACUGGAGCUCUGCCCACGUCGCCGUGGAGACAGGCCUGAGACAGUGUCUCAAACAUAACUAUGUCCAGAGUCAGAUCAAUGCUCGGGAUGCAUCGGGUCAGACGCCGCUGCAUCUAGCGUGCGAGCGUGGUGACUCGGUGUGUGUGAAGGAGCUGCUGGAGGAAAGCCAGGCUCGCACUGACAUCAAAGACCGCAACGGAGAGACGCCCAUGCACUAUGCCGCCAAGCAGGAUUCUCUUGCCAUCAUCCAGGUCCUGUGUUCGCGGCUGUGCUCGGGGGUGAAUGAGCUGAACAACAACGGGGAAACACCACUCCACGUGGCCUGCCGCCUGGGACGCGUGGAGGCCGUCAAAGCUCUGUUGGAUGGUGGGGCCAAGUGCGAUGUCAUCGGCGGCAUUGGCUACCCCAUCCACAGUGCCAUGAAGUACAGCGAGAAGGGCUGUGUGGAGGAGAUCCUCAAAGCGGACCCAGGCCAGCUUCAGGCUGAAGACUCUGUGUAUGGAGGGAUGCCUCUCCACUGGGCCAAAACUGCUGAGAUGUGUCGUAUUCUGCUGGAGCGUGGCUGUGCUGUGAACUACCUCAGUAAGACCGGAGAGAGCGCCCUCCACAUUUUGACCAAGAGAGGUCGCUUUGAGGCGGCCAUGGUGUUGCUUACCCACGGAGCGAAUGCCAACCUGAAGGGCCAGGAUGGGAACACAGCCCUUCAUCUAGCUAUGAAGAUGGACCACAUAGAGUUGAUCAAAGCUCUGAUUGUGUUUGGUGCUGAUGUGGAGAUCCACAACGACCUGGGAGAAACUCCUGGACUGAUCGCUGCACGCACCAGCAAAGGUCCUAAUAGAAAGAUACUGCUGGACAUGCUGUGUAGUGUAGGGGUCCAGCGUUGCCUCCCUCCCUCCCCCGGCAGUCCUCCCCCCAUCUCCUACAAGGCCAGGCCUCAAGGCAUAGGGUUUGAGGACAUCAUGCAUAUGGGGGCCGCAAUCGGUGCAAUGAGCAGAGGCAAAUCUGAAGUGGACGGCCCCAGAAGGGAGAAAAAGAAGAUGGACAGACUGCUGUGUCUGGACGGCGGAGGUAUUAAGGGUCUCGUGUUGAUCCAGAUGUUGAUCGCCCUGGAGAAAGAAGCCGGUCGACCCACCAGAGAGCUCUUUGACUGGGUAGCCGGCACGAGCACUGGGGGCAUCCUGGCCCUCGCUAUAAUCCACGGUAAGUCCAUGGAGUACCUGCGCUGCUUAUACUUUAGGAUGAAGGAACAGGUGUUCAAGGGGUCACGACCCUACGAAUCAGCACCGCUGGAGGACUUCCUGAAAAAAGAGUUUGGCGAGAACACCAAGAUGACAGACGUCCGAUACCCAAGGGUGAUGGUGACCAGUGUUCUGGCCGACAGACAUCCAGGCGAGCUGCACAUUUUCAGGAACUAUAACCCUCCCUCCAUCCACAGAGAGCCCCCAUAUGCCACCACUGCCACAUUCAAGCCCCUCACCAUCCCACAAGGAUGGGAGGAUGAGGAUGUGUUGAUAGUAGGAUACACAGAGGAUCCACUCAGAAAGCGUAGGAAGGUGACCGAUGAAGAACAACUCGUGUGGCGAGCUGCCCGCUCCAGCGGCGCUGCUCCCACCUACUUCCGACCAAUGGGCCGCUUUCUGGAUGGAGGGUUGCUGGCCAACAACCCGACACUGGACGCCAUGUCAGAAAUCCAUCAAUACAACAAAGCCUUAAAAGUGGAGGGCCACAAGGAGGAGAUCAAGAAGUUGGGUAUAGUGGUCUCCCUUGGUACAGGUAAACCCCCUCAGGUGGUGGUGAGCUCUGUGGACGUUUUCCGGCCCUCCAAUCCUCUGGAGCUGGCCAAGAGCUUUGUUGGAGCAAAGGAGCUGGGCAAGAUGCUGGUGGACUGCUGUACAGACUCUGAUGGCUGUGCAGUGGACAGGGCCAGAUCCUGGUGUGACAUGAUCGACACCAUCUAUCACAGAUUGAGCCCCCAGCUGUCACAGGAGGUGAUGCUGGAUGAGGUGAGUGACGCGGUACUGGUGAACAUGCUGUGGGAAACCCAGAUGUACCUAUAUGAGAAGAGAGAGAUCCUCCAAUCCCUAGCAAAUUUGCUACUGGACAACUGAAAGCACAAGAAAAUCACAAGCAGAGGCCGCGAAGAUGGGACUAUGAGAGCAGAAGUGAUGGCCUAUAUGAGAUCAAAGGGGAGGCCCGUGAGUGGAGUCAGAGACAAGAGUGGUUGGACGAGGCGUUGAUACGAGACGUAUUGCAAGUAAUGUAGCAUCAUGUGACCUUAUCACUGAACUUCUCAUUAUCGUGGUUUAUCACGUUUACUGUUGUAUAUAAACCAGUGAGUGUAGAGUCUACCUUCGUGAGUAUGUGAAUACAGGGUAAAUGUACCAAGAAAUGGUAUCACUCAAAUCAAACAAAAAGUAGCACACACUGAUUGUGGUAGUGUCAGCUAAUGGUGGUUUUUCCCCUCUCCAUAGUGUUUGGUAACAAAUAGAGUCAGAGCAUGUUCGAAUCCAAUUCUUAUUGGUUGCGAUAAAACGAAAACACUCCUCGUCAUCCUUUAAAGUAGCUUAAAAGACUUUCAGUAUACAGGCAUUUUGCAUGAGGCUGUAUGAUCGAAGCGACCCUGCAGUGCCACUGCAAAAUCUGCAUUAUACUGUAGGGCUUGGAUGAUGGAUGGUGGUAAAAAGUUCUGCCUUAUGUGUCUGGGACCCAAAUUUGUACUGUAUCCUUUCCUAUCACCACAUUUUCAUGCCUUUGUAAGUUAUUUAUACUGACUUUAAACCCAAUAUUUAACCUCACAUGCACUGAUAACUUGCUUGCACAAUUUGAAGUGUCUCAUCCUACUGAUGUAUUGUAAAUGAGUCUUGGGCACAUAUUUAACUUACUGUUACAACGGAACUGGAAACUAGACUUGAAUUAUCAACUUACUUGAAAGACAAAGAAACUGAAGACUCACUGCUACUUGCACAACGUAAACUUGAGGAAACGAAUUAUUUAAUAUGUUUUUUGUAUCUGGAUUAAUUACUGAAGUGUAUACUGGUCUGGUAAUAAACUAUAUUAAUAUUUA